AUGGCGAAGGUUGCUACUUGUGUCGGCAUCCGGCUCGAAUUAGGGGAGGCCGAAGGAAAUUUCUGGCUUGGAAGACUCAACACAGUUACUGUGAUAACAUAUUACGACAGCUUGAAAACCGGCGAGGUGUACGCUUGUGUUUGUACAGCUGUUCUCGAAAUCGACUUCACCAGGUGUAACCGUCUUAUUGAGGCUCUAGAAAUACAGCGAGAAGUGGUAGGAUAUUAA